CGGAGACAGAGCACUGAACAGCUGAUCGAGGACCCGUCCGUGUCGUGUGUGUGUGUGUUUGAAGUUCUGGACCUGUUCGUGUACUGGAUCUGUCGGUAGGAACAGUAACCUACCGCUGUCAUGGAACCGCGGCAACAGGGCCUUUUGGAGACGGAGCCGUUGCGGGAGGUGGACGAGGACAUGGUGUCCGAGGUGGACCUGAACAACAGUGUCACGGAAGAGGAGAGAGAGGAGAUGACCAAUGAGCUCAUCAAGCUAGAGGAGGAGAUCUCCACCCUGAGGCAGGUGCUGGCCUCGAAGGAGAAACGCCACGGCGACCUGAAGCAGAAGCUGGGCAUCACACCCCUCAGCGAGCUGCGACAGAACUUCAGCCGCGGCUGGAAUGACAUGCAGACUUCCACCGUUUACAAGAAAACCUCUGAAACCCUGUCCACGGCUGGACAGAAGACCACGGCAGCGUUUUCCAAUCUGGGAACAGCGAUCACCAGGAAGUUUGGAGACAUGAGCUAUUCAAUCCGCCACUCAAUGAGCAUGCCUACAAUGAGGAAUUCGCCCAGCUUCAAAUCUUUCGAGGAGAAGGUUGAGACCACAGUUUCCACCAUCAAGUCUAAGGUGCAAAGCCCGGGUGCGGGGGGCAACUUCGAAGAGGUCCUCUCCUCUGCGGCGAACGCCAGUUCCCAAGAGACCCCCACCAACAACCUGAGCGAGGCUGAUGAGCGCCCGUGCUAGGAGCACAGUGUUUUCAACCCUCCCUCCCCUUCCAAUCUCCCCAAACACCUAAUGGCACUCUGUCGCCCCUCUGUGGGCAGAAGGUCAAACUGCAGGCCAGGGGCCAGGAAGCAACCACUACAGGAGGGGUCUUCUUCCUAUCCGCAGCCCCGAAUGCAAACACAGUAUGACUUUACCUGCCAACUUCACUUGUUACCCAUAACUACAUCCCAGAGAAAGAUUGUAUUUCUGUUAUGUGGCUUGUGUCUACCUACCUACCUGUCAUUGACAACUCUGACAGCUUUUUUUCUAUUCAAAAUAAGUUGAUCCGUUUUAAAAUGCAAUUUUGUACUAAUUCAACUUAAUUCAAAGUAUGUUUUUUGAAAUGUAUUUUCAUGUGAUGAAGGCUUAUUUGCAGAUUUUCCUGAUCACAAACCUCAUCAACUAUUACAAAAAAAGUUGUGGCAUACAGACAUUUCGUGUAUAUUUACUAAUACUUGAAAUGCACAUGCACAAAAUGUUGCAAUGCAGUAACUAGAUGUGGACCAACAUGAGAGUUUGUACUUGAAUAAUAACCAAUUAGUCGACAAUUAAAUCGCAUUGUUUUAUCUCUGUCAAAGUGCACCCCAGGCCUCCCACACCUACAGGGGCGUAUUCUAAGAACCUGGUUCAGUAGUCAACCAGGUUAAGUUAACCUUGAGGUAGUGGUAAAUAAUGUAAUAGGUGUCAAUAAGUUAAGAAUAUGAAGACUCCAGGCUCUCCUGUGGGCCAUCUCCAUUAGCAGAUUUACCACUACCUGUAGGUUACCUUAGCAGGGUUCAUCACUUAACCAUAUUCGAAUACCUCCCAUGUUUGUGCACAGCAGAUGCAUCUUCUAUACAUAUUCUGUUAGCAUUCCUAUUUAGCAGUUUAUAAAGUGCCCUGGGAUCAUUUUAUCCGCUCUUGUAAAAUGUGACUCAAAUAAGUGGACGGAAAUGGAUUGUUACAUCCCUUUACUUAACUCAGAAGUGUGUGUGUGUGUGUGAGAGAGAGAGAGAGUGUGUGAGAGAUUGUGUGAAUGCAUGCUAUAUGUAAUAACUCCGUUGAAUGACUGCUUCUGUAUCUUUUCUUGAGUAUUUUCUGCUGUGAUUUCAAUCACUUUUGAUGAAGUUAUGCGAUAAGUGACAUACCUGUUACAGUCCAACACAGCAAGGUCUUUUUUUGUUGUUGUACACUAAAAUGUCCCUGCUAAUGUAUGGUAAGUUUGGCCAUAAUAUACGCUGGUCCAUAAGAUGUGUUAUGAUUAAAAAAAAUAAUGAUGGAAA